CUAGACCGAAAUGGCAAUAAAACGGAUGGUUUGAGGAACUCUAACGGCUGGGUCACAAAGAAUACGCCGGUUUGGUAGGGAUAGGGAUCUCCACGUGACACAAAAGGCAAUAAGUGGUGGCAAAAUUUGAAGCACAUUUUUUGGAACAGGCCAUAAAACUUUCUCUUUGCACUCCACUCCAAUAAUCUCGGUUGUAAUGUUGAAAGCAUUAUGCUUUUUGCUCCUUGUAACCAUAGUAUGCGCCUUCAACACAUCAGCAUUACCGCCACUCGAUGAAAUUGGCUUAUGUAUAGAGACAUGCGUCUUGGUAAGUUCGUCUUUUCUCGGGAAUAACCUCGAUGAUUUUGACUCUGGUCUAAUGUUCACUCAUGUUCUCCAGAAUACCGGACAUAGUGUGUGUGGUUCGCAAUUCACCUUCGACGACGCUUCACUUCAAUGUGCCUGCACCAAUCCAACCUUUAAUAGCACUGUUCAACAGUGCGUUGUGACCAAUAAGUGCCCACAAACCAGUAUUGAUCUCACCAACAAAGCUUAUACUCAGCUAUGCCUGAACGCUACUACGACGGCAACAUCAUCUAUAAUGGCAUCAGCACAGCCAUCUCAAUCCUCAAGUCCCCCUGCCGCAGCCUCUGUUGACGCUGCAGCAGCCAGUUCCAAAGAAUUUCCAUUUAGUGGCUCUGCCGUAGCCGUCUUCGUCGUUCUCACUGUUGGCACCCUCUUCUUCUAAAUACUAUUUUUUCUUAUGUAAUUCCUUAUAUUCCUGUUUUAUUACUAGAAUCUUAACUAUCAGGCUCCCAACAUAAUUUCUUUUUUCCUUUCAAAAAAAGCCGCCCUCAACUUGUACCAUAUAUUAAAGCUUGACGAAAAAAAAUAAACGAACGAGUAGGCAGCCAAAUGCCGUCAUUUUAAAAAUAGAAAUUUUU